AUGAGUUUACCCCUCAAUCCCAAGCCUUUUCUCAAUGGAGUGACAGGAAAACCAGUGAUGGUGAAACUCAAGUGGGGGAUGGAAUAUAAAGGCUACCUGGUCUCUGUUGAUGGCUACAUGAACAUGCAGCUUGCAAAUACAGAAGAAUACAUAGAUGGUGCGUUGUCUGGACAUCUGGGUGAAGUUCUAAUAAGGUGUAAUAAUGUCCUUUAUAUCCGAGGCGUUAAAGAGGAGGAGGAAGAUGGGGAAAUGAGAGAAUAG